UCUGUCUCUGUGGUAAAUAUAUUAUCGUAUAAUGUAUUUAUAUUUAAUACUUUAAUAUUAUGUUUUUUUAAAAAAUUUUUUAUAAUAAUUAAUAACUUUACUGUUUAAGAACACAUUCGGGCCUUAGAAAUCCAUUUAAAUAUUUUGUUUCACGUAUAGAUCAACACAAUAUCUUUUGAACAAUGAGCCCCAAUAUCGAAGUUGAAAAUUUAGUGGAAAAAUCAAGGUUUCCAAAGACUGUAAAUGAAACACUAGGACUAAUUGCUUAUUUUCCAUUUGGAGUCAUCCUAGUGGUUUUAAGAGUUUUUAUUGCAAUACAUGCAAUACUUUUAACAGUGAUAUUGAGCAAUUACCCAAAUAUCCGCAGACCACUUCUAAAAAUUAUGUCAGGUGUUCUUGGAUUAAUUGUGGUUGAAAAAGAAAACUCUUCAAUUAAGAACAGCAGAGUGUUGGUUUCAAAUUAUUUGUCAUUAUUUGAUCAUAUUGCGUUGCAUUUGGCCACAGGAAGUUUUACUCCAACUACUGUAUUCAGUAGACCUGUGGCAUUGUAUUUUGGGCUGAUUUCUACAUUGACUAACGAUAAUCUUACAACAGAGAGCACUGUAUUAAAACAGUUUUUAGCUAAUGAUAAUAAAAAAUCAUUGCUCUUAUUUCCAGAAGGAGCUUCUACUAAUGGAAAAUGUGCUUUACUUAGAUUUUCUAAUGUACCAGCUUUAAUAAGCGACAAUUUACAACCAGUAGCUUUAACAAUUACUCGACCAUCAUUUGCAAAUAUUAAUAUAUCAGUGCUCGGAUCAAAAAAUUUCACAGAAAUAUUUUGGUUUUUUUUCGUUCCAUUCACCAAAUUUGAGUAUAAACUUCUAGAGGUGAUUCAAAGAUCCGAAGAUGAGUCUAACGAAACAUUCAUGUCCAGGGUGGAAACAGCCAUUUCACAAGAACUCAACAUAUCUACUUCAAAUAUUACUAAGAAUGAUAAAGUUGAAUAUAAAAAAAAAUACUUUUUGGAGUUGGCAGAAAAUGCUAGAAAGCAAAACAGACAUGUAACCCUGGAUAAUUUUGAAGAGGAUCCUGAAAUAUUAAGAAUGGCUGCACAAGUUACUGAUGUUCUUCCAUACGUUCCUCAGAAUGUUAUUGUUGCCAACCUUAGGCGAACAAGAUGUGUUGACAUAACAAUUACAAAUAUACUUGAUGGCACUAUUAAGUUUACUCCAUUGCCACAGUCUUCCAAAGAACCAAAGACUACGUCCAAAAAAACGGAACCCAAUAAUUUUGGAGUUGGAUCAUUCAUGGAGAGGAAAGCAAAAUUGAUUGAUGAAGCCCGCCAACGGUACAUCAAAAAACAUGGACUUCAUCACUUAGUCCAGUGACUCAUACCAGUGUAGGUGAUGGCUAAAAGAGGACAACGGCGUACUUCAUCAUCAUUGUGAACAUUUCCCAGUUAAAUUAAUUUGAACGCUCUGGUUACUUUUUUUUUUAAAUUUAAUUUUUACGGAAAUGGAGCAGGUACUUAUUGGAUUCUAUAAAAUGCAUCUAUCCUUUGUACGAAUGUUAACGCAACUCUUAUUAAAUAAAUUACUACUAUAGACAAUAUUUAUAUAUUGUAUUAUUACCUACUAACUUUUUGUUAUACUUUUAUUUCUUAAGUGAAAACAUUAUUGUCAUUUGAUUGUAUUCUUAACGUGUGCAUACAUGUU